GCUCGCGAGAAGCUGCAGCGGUGGGUCCCCAGGGCAGCGCUACCCCCGCACCCCGAGCCGGGAUAGACUCGAGGAGCGAAAUUCCUCGGAGAUGACUUGUAAUAAAAACUAACGAGUUUGCAAAGUGAAUAGUGGUCCUGCCAGCAAAUCUUUGGGAAACAGCAGAAGAGAUUAAUCAGGAAGUCUACAGGCAAAGGCUUUAAAUACUCUAAGUUACCUGGGGUCGUUAAAACAUUUUCAGAAUGACUUCCUUGGCUGACAUGCCCCCGAAUUAUGAAACGAUGUUUGCUCAUCGAUUCACAUCAGAAGAUAAAGAAUACCAAGAAUACCUGAAACGCCCUGCAGAUCCCCCUCCUAUAGUUGAAGAAUGGAGAAACAGAUCUGGUGGCAACCAGAGAAACAGAGAUCGGUUUCAAGAUGGCAGAUAUUUCAGAGGGGACAGAUACAACUGGCAAGGUGACUACAGGUCUAAUCAGAGGCCAGAAAGAGGUUGGGGUAAUAACUACCAGCAGCACAGACAAGGACAAUACGGCUCAUCCCACUACGGACAAUACGGCUACAACUCCUACAACCCAGGACCUCGCUACCAUCCCUACUGAUGUACCUGGGGAUUGAAAGUCCAGUAAUGCUAUGUAAUAAAUUCAGUUAGCUUUCAGUUUUUUUAUUUUUCCACAGUUUUACAGAUAACUGAAGAAUCAGUCUGUUGCUGUUUCUCUGUAGUGUGAAAUGAAAAAGGGAAUUCCUGUUAUGAAUAAUAAAAGCGUAUUAUACAGAGUUUGUUUAGAGUCUGUAGAUUUUAGAUUAAAUUUCUAUCUCGUCCUUUUGUCUGAAUAUGUACUAGUACACACCUUCUGUUCCACCACUGAGAUUUCUGUCAGAUUUUAGAAAAAAAACAGGUCGGGGAGGAUAGCUGUGGUUUGUGUGCAGCCUGUAGUAGUGGCACAUUGCCUUAAGAUAGUUCUUUUUGAAAAUAACAUACCGUGUCUUUUUGUGGAGAGAAAUUCUUAGUUUGGCUUUUGAUGGUGAGAAAAGUUUAGUUUGGUUUCACAUACCUUAAAACUUAGCAGAGAGAUCCUAUUACAGAUAUAUUUUCUGGGGUCAGCACAGUGUCUGUUUACUCAAUGGCUUCAAUUCAUUUGCAGAAUUCCUCUUAAAACGUGGUCUGAAAGUUGGAAUAAAAAUAAGUAGUUAAAUAUGGCUCUUCUUGUUGUAGCAGUUCAGUGAUAUACAAGUUUACCUCAGAAGUGGAAUCAGAUUAAUCUGUGUGAUCUUAAAUAAGUUUGGUAUGUAUGCAACACAUUUUGGAAUUCCCAUUUUACUAAACCUGUAAACCUUUGAUGAUAUUGUAGUUUGUAUAAAACACUUUGUGCAUGUUAUAGAGGAACCAUGAUCAGUACUGCUCUGUACUUGUACCUGCAUGAGAAAAUAGCAUAAGCAGAGCAGAGUGUUAUUCACUUCUUAGAAUUUAAGAUUUAUGGGGAUUUUUUUAAGUAUUCACACAAUAAAGGUAUAGUUCACAUGUAA